AUGGUGAGAUCUAGAAGUUGACCAAUAAAACAAUCUCGCCAAUAUCUGUGGACGGCAAUAGACAAUCAGUGAAGUAAAAGGCAAGACCAACAUCACAAGAUGGCUGCUGAGAGCGUCCACUCGUCCGGCGUUCUGGACCCCGCGUGGAACGGCACAGAAGAUCAACUGGACGCGUUCUUGUCCCCCAACUCCACCACCAACUCAAGCGACGCUUUCUCCUUCGAGUUCCCGCUGCCGCGCUUCACCGACGUCACCAUGGCUAAGAUCAUCAUCGUCGCCGUGACGUUCGUGCUGUCUACCGUCGGGAACGUCACAUUCCUCAUCAUGUCCUGCUGCCUGAGGAGGAACAGACGAUCACGCCCGCUGCAGAGCCUGCUGGUGCACCUGGCCAUCGCCGACCUCAUCGUGACGUUCGUGACCAUGCCGUCCCUGGGCAUCUGGUUCUACACCGUGGCCUGGCUGGCGGGAAACGGCAUGUGCAAACUCGUCAAAAGUCUCCAGGUGCUGGGGCUGUAUUUGUCCACCUAUCUCACCGUCUGCAUCAGCAUAGACCGCUGCAUCUCCGUGGUGAAGCCGAUGAGCAGAAACACCGCCCAGCGGCGCUGGACCAUGGUUGCAGUCUCCUGGAUCCUCAGCAUACUCUUCAGCAUCCCGCAGGCUGUGAUUUUCCACGUGGAGAGCCCGGUGCCAGACUUCCAGCAGUGCGUGACGUUCGGCUUCUACACGGCCAAGUGGCAGGAGCAGCUGUACAACGGGCUGGUCCUGGUCAUCAUGUACCCCAUCCCCUUACUCAUCAUCCUGUCAUGCGGCGUGCUCAUCUUCAUCCGCCUCAAGAAGGAGGGACAGGAUAAAGGUACUUUCCAGACCACCAACCCGACACGGCAGCGACAUCUGCUGAAGGCCCGGAACAACACCCUGCGCACGACCGCCGGAAUCAUGGCCAGCUUCAUCUUCUGUUGGACGCCGUACUUCGUCACCAUGGUCUGGAUCCUCUUCUUCAACUGGCAGAUCGUGUCUCCAGUCGUCUUCGACGUCCUCUUCCUGUUCGGCAUCUUUAACUCCUGUCUCAACCCUGUAGUGUACGGCCUCAGCAUGUUCAAGAAGACCACCCACCGGCCGACCCUUUCCCUCAUCGAGUUUUCCAAGCAGUUUCUGGAUACAACCUCUGAGCGCCGUUCGGCCUCCAUGUACAGCAGGAUCUCGAGAACGUGUUCCCACGCGUCCUUGUCCACGAGGAGGUCCUGGCAGUCUCCCGGCGAGUCAACCCGCCCCGACGCACCGUUCAGUCAGCACGGCAGCCCGCUGACGGGGUUCCCUUGCAGGUACGGCGCUUCUUGUCGAGUCCGGAGGCGGAGUCAGCAGAAAUAUCUCCAUCCCGACGCGCCCACGUUCACGUCGUCAACGAUGUCGCCAAAGAAGACGACUUGGUCAGAAAACAAAACUCAGCUGAAAAGACCUCCACUCACCCGUGCCGACUCCUCUCCCUCCGUGCUAAGUUCGACGGAGAAGAUCAAACGGCCCAACCGAAGACAGUCGGCGGCGUUGACUGUACCGGUGCUGCCGAGAAUCUGCCUGACGCCUCCGCCUGAAACCAGGAACACCACCGAGUUCUUCAGCGCCGCCCUCUGCCUCCUCCACGACGAGCACGCACCCUCGUCCACGCGGCCAGCGGUUGCCGAUUUUCCAUUUGUGGAAAACCAGGAUGUCCAACACAACCUGUCCAGACCGCCGUCUGAAGCAGCAAUAACUUCGACACCUGACAGCCCAGGCAGUUGGGAGGUAACGUCAUGCCAGUGCGUCAGGAAGUCCUCGGCGUGUCGGUGUGACUCGAGUCCUCCGGGCCUGUCCAGUGCGAGUUGCCAGGGUACAGGAAGGGCCGAGGCCGUCACCAGCAGACCGCAAGUCAACGCAAGGCACAGUAUCUGUUCUGCGAACACCGACCUAAGGCUCAGCCCUCCAAUCCCAGAGAAGCAUCACGCUGAACGAGUACAGAACAUGGAAAGCGAUACGCAGGAAACAAGUGGUCAUGAAAAUGACACGUCUUUAGCUUCUGGUAACCCGCUGCCUGGAGUGUCGUUCGACAUGACUUGUGCCCAGACAGCGUGCAGGCUGACCGGUGGGGGAGCGUCCAUUUUGUAUUCGGGUAGCAGUAGUCAGUCCGUUUUUGACAGCCCGUUGAGCACUCCCACGAGUCCCGUCAUCUCUGCGGACUUUAGCCACAGACUGUCGCUGUGCUCUUUCAGAGAGAGACGCAUGUCCGCAGAUCCCUACUCAGCGCUUCGCGGAAAGCAAUGCAGCGCGGAAAACCUCAAGCAGCUGUCCCGUAGGAGGAGGGCAAACCAGAGAGUCCCGGCUAAGACUGUCCGUUUCUCGGACGAGCUCACCGUUUCGGGCUCCUCGUUGUCAUCGUCGGCGGGGUCAACAUCAUCGAGAACCGACAGUCACCUAGAACACAGACGGGCCAGGAACACUUCGGAGCGCCGGGCUUCUCUAGCGGACAUAAAACCGGGCAACGGGUGUAGGCUGAAACGGAAGACCUCGUCCAUGCUACCUUAGACUUUUUUUAGAGACAUAAACAUUUCUACGUCACGUCAUCUCACACAUGGCUUUACCACCAACCAACCAACCAACCAACCAACCAACCAACCAACCAACCAACCAAUUAAUCAAUCCAACAAUCAAUCUA